AUGCUUCACGGCACUCUGAGCCACACGGCUCUCCGCGGCGGUCGCAUCGCCGCCGGGGCCGCUGCUCGGCGUGGAGCACUCCUGCAGACACGAUCGUUCUCUAAAACCGCCGCCUUUCGAGCUGACCAGCCACCACGCAAGCGUCUUGCCGACUCGAUCUCGAAACGCCCAUGGCAGCUCCUGAUUCCCAGACGCAAAGGCACACGCCUGAUCUCGGGAAAGCCGCUGCCCCAGCGAUCGCGGGCUCUCAACUUCGCCUAUCGCACCGCAGCAUGGUUCGGGAGCUCCGUCGCUUUCCUCGGCAUCGGCGUCGUCGUCUUCUUCCUCUACGAUGCCUCGACCUACAAGGAGACUGCCGAUAACGAGAUCGCGCACGUUCCCGAGAGCGCGCUCAAUCCCCAGCGCGGCGGGCCCAAGAACCUGCCCAUCUACGAGGUCCAGAUCGACGACAACGACAGCGCGAAGCAGAAGACAAAGGACAAGCCCAAGCUCGUGAUCCUCGGCGGCGGCUGGGGCGGCGUCGCCCUGCUCAAGGAGCUCAACCCGGACGACUACCACGUCACCGUCAUCUCCCCGUCCAACUACUUCCUCUUCACGCCCAUGCUCCCCUCCGCGACCGUCGGCACGCUCGGCAUCCGCUCCCUCGUCGAGCCCAUCCGCCGCAUAAUGGCCCGCGUGCAGGGCCAUUUCAUCCGCGCCCGCGCUGAGGACGUCGAGUUCUCGCACAAGCUGGUCGAGGUGUCGCAGGCCGACGCCGCCGGCAACGAGACGCGCUUCUACGUGCCCUACGACAAGCUCGUCAUCGCCGUCGGCUCCACGACCAACCCGCACGGCGUCAAGGGCCUCGAGAACUGCCACUUCCUCAAGGACAUUGACGACGCCCGUGCCAUCCGCAACCGUAUCAUCCACAACCUCGAGCUCGCGUGUCUGCCCACCACCUCGGACGACGAGCGCAAGCGCCUGCUGUCCUUUGUCGUGAGCGGCGGCGGUCCCACCGGCGUCGAGUUCGCCGCCGAGCUGUUCGACCUGCUGAACGAGGACCUGAGCCACGACUUCCCGCGCCUCCUGCGCAACGAGAUCUCAGUCCACCUGAUCCAGAGCCGCAGCCACAUCCUCAACACCUACGACGAGGCCGUCUCCAAGUACGCCGAGGAGCGCUUCGCGCGCGACCAGGUCGAGGUGCUGACCAACUCGCGCGUCGCCGAGGUCAAGCCCGACCGCAUCAUCUUCACGCAGAAGGACGAGAGCGGGCAGGUCGUGCACAAGGAGCUGCCCAUGGGCUUCUGCCUCUGGUCGACGGGCGUCUCGCAGACGCAGCUGUGCCAGACGCUCGCCGUCAAGCUCGGCGCCGCGCAGAACAACCGGCACGCGCUCGAGACGGACACGCACCUGCGCGUCAACGGCACGCCGCUAGGCGACGUCUACGCCAUCGGCGACUGCGCGACGGUGCAGAACAACGUGGCGGACCACAUCGUGGCGUUUGUGCGCAACCUGGCCUGGAAGCACGGCAAGGACCCCGAGACGCUGGAGCUGCACUUCUCCGACUGGCGCAACGUCGCCGGCGAGGUCAAGCGGCGCUUCCCGCAGGCCGUCGGCCACCUGAGGCGCCUCGACAAGCUCUUCGAGGAGUUCGACAAGGACCACUCGGGCACGCUCGACUUUGGCGAGCUGCGCGAGCUGCUCAAGCAGAUCGACAGCAAGCUCACGAGCCUGCCGGCCACGGCGCAGCGCGCGCACCAGCAGGGCCAGUACCUGGCGCACAAGUUCAACAAGCUGGCGCGGGCGGCGCCGGGCCUGCGCGCCAACGACAUCCGCGAGGGGGACCUCGACGCCGCCGUCUACCGCGCCUUCGAGUACAAGCACCUCGGCUCGCUGGCCUACAUCGGCAACUCGGCCGUGUUCGACCUCGGCGAGGGCCGGAGCCUGAGCGGCGGCCUCUGGGCCGUGUACGCCUGGCGCAGCGUGUACUUUGCGCAGAGCGUGAGCCUGCGGACGAGGAUCUUGAUGAUGAUGGACUGGGCCAAGAGGGGGCUGUUUGGGCGAGGUGAGUCCUUUUCUUUGCGCUGA